AUGAAUAGUUUAAUAAAGUCAACAAAAUUUUUAAAGAAAACCAAUAUAAUUAGAAGUUAUUGUACAAAAACCAAUAAUAAUAAUAAUACAAACAUCACUAAAAAUGUAUUAAGUGAAAUCGAAAAAGAGAAAUUAAAAAGACAAAUCAUUGAAAGAAUAAUUCGUGUAGACCAUGCAGGUGAAUUUGGAGCAGCAAGAAUCUAUGAAGGUCAAUUAGCAGUGUUGGCAAAUACAAAAGAAGGACCAUUAAUUAGAGAGAUGGCAGAUCAAGAGAAAGAACAUCAAGCAAAAUUCAAUCAAUUAAUCUAUGAAAAACGUGUUAGACCAACAAUUUUAUCACCAAUUUGGAAUGUUGCAGGAUUUGGGUUAGGUUAUGUAUCAGCAUUAAUGGGUAAAGAAGCAGCAAUGGCAGUCACUGUCGCCGUUGAAACCGUUAUCUCUGAUCAUUACAAUGACCAAUUAAGACAAUUAAACGAUGCCGGUAUUGAUGAUAAAGAAUUAAAAGAAACAAUUAAAAAGUUUAGAGAUGACGAACUUGAACAUAUGCACAUUGGUAUCGAACACGAUGCUGAAUUAGCACCACUCUAUAAACCAUUUUCAGAACUUGUCAAAGUUGGUACAAAAACUGCAAUUUGGUUAUCAACAAGAGUUUAA